CGCCCAGGCAGGCAGGCGGAUUGCAUCUCUGAGUGAGAGCGGAGCGAGCAGCCCCUGGUGCUUCCCCCCAGAAGCCGGCGAGCAGACAGCCAGCUAGCCAGCCAGCCAGCCCGGGACAGCCCCAAGUCCGUGUACCGACUUGCUGCGACAUCGAUCGGCCUCUUUUCCCUGCAGUCUGCGCAGUCCUGGCCAGCAUGUCGGUGGAGUUGGAAGAAGCCGACCUGCCUUUGACUGAAGCGGAGGAAGCGCCCCUAGCCCCGGAGAAGAAAGGUGGUGCCAAAAAAGCUAAGGGCGGGGGCUCGUCCCUGUCUCCCUCCAAAAAGAAGAAAAACAACAAGAAGAAGAACCAGCCGGGCAAGUACAGCCAGCUAGUGGUGGAGACGAUCCGGAAGCUGGGCGAGCGCAACGGCUCCUCGCUAGCCAAGAUCUACAAUGAGGCCAAGAAGGUAUCCUGGUUCGACCAGCAGAACGGGCGGACCUACCUGAAAUACUCCAUCAAGGCGCUGGUGCAGAACGACACCCUGCUCCAGGUCAAGGGCACCGGCGCCAACGGCUCCUUCAAGCUCAACAGGAAGAAGCUGGAAGGGGGCAGCGAGGGGAGCGCUGGCAGCAGCGCCCCGAAGUCCCACAAGAAAGCUGCAGCCGCCACCUCCCGGAGGGCGGACAAGAAACCGGCCUCCAAGAGCAAGAAGCCCGAGAAGAAAUCUCACAAGAAAGGAGCCAGCAGCGCAGCCGCCAGGAAAGACAAGGGCAAAGCCAAGAAGGCUACCAAGAAAGCCGCCUCCCCGGGGGGCAAAAAGGUCAAGAAGUCUGCAAAGCCCAAGGCGCUGAAGAGCAGGAAGGCAUGAGGGGGGGCAGGGCGCCCCCAUCGCCCCACCACGCUGGGGCGGGGAGAGAGAACAUUUUCCCACCCUUCACACCCCCUCUCCAGCCAUCCAGGGCUUUGAGCCCUAAGACAGACUCUGCUCUGAGGACAGACCCAGGUUAUCCGCGUUGUAUUUGUAUUGCUGGCCUCGCUCUGUAGUCGUCGCCGCGGGCAGGGAAACAGGGGUCAGGGCGGCUGCCCUAGCCUCGCAGCCCAUCACCCUUGUUUUCUUACUUGGCAGCCCCCGACCCCCCCCACCCGUGGUUUCUGUUCGCCCCCGCCACAGCCCCAUAUUUACAGGGCUAGGUCCCGCCCCCCCCCCUAGUUUCCAUAGUAGCUAUUUUUCAUAAGCCUCUUCGCUUUUAUUUUCCCUGCUCCACCCCCGAUAGGGGGCGAUGCCAUGUAGGUCCCACAGGUCCCGGCACUGGUGCACUGUAGCGGGGGGUGGUGUUUUUUGGCCUACUUUAGAAUUUUUCGAACAGUGACCACGCCCUCUAUUGGUUCUCGCCCUGGCGCCAUGGAAACGGCCAGUUAGUUCUAAUGGCGCCUGGGUACCUCUUAAAGGGCACCUCCCCCCGUUCGGUGAGCCGCAGCCUGGCAUGCAGGCAGUGCCUGGGGUGCUGUGUGCGGGACCAAGCGUCGUUAGCAGCAGCGGGGCUGCCGCAGCCUUGCGAGUCUUGUACCCCUGUUGCGGGGUGACGCUGGUUGUGCGCGUCCUGGGGAAGGUGGGGCGGCACUGCCCGUUGCGGCUCUCCGCCCCCAAGUGUUUGUACCACGUGUUCAGGAUUCAGAGUCAAUGGCCUUUUUUGUUGUUGGUCAAUAAAUUGUUUAAACCUUUGA